AUGAAUCUAGAUGAGAGUGGCAUAUUGCAAAAAUGUGUCAUUAUAGAAGAUAUUGAGGAAUUGAGGGUGGCGAUUUCGAUUACAAAAGGAAGUGGAUCAAAACUGAAGAAAGGUAGAGCAAAAUGGGGUGUUGAUCACUUAGAAAAAUGGCUAUGUCUUUUGAAUUACAUAGCCUACAAUGGUGAUGAUGAACAUGAGGCUGAAGAUGGUCCUCUCAAUGCUAAUGAUGAAGGUGAAGGUGAUGAAGAUGAUAAAGGUGAUGAAACUGAAGAAGGUCACGAAAUUGAAGAAGUUAAUGAAGGGGCCGAAGUAGAAGCUAAUGAUGUAAAUGCAGAAGAUGACAGUACAAAUAGUGAGUUUGUGGACAAUGACUACAGUUUGGAAGAUGAUGAUUGUCGUGCAGUAGAUGAUACGGUUGUGGAAAAUGUCAUUGGAGAUGCUGAAGGAGAAGACAUUCCCUUGGAUGAUGAGACACAAGACUCAGAUGGCCUGCACAGUGUGGAUGAUUCAAGUUCAGAAUGUGAUGAGAAGAUCAUCUACCUUGAGCUCAAUGAAGAAGCCGACAUGGAUGAUCCAAAGUUUGAAAAUGGAUUAAAGUUAAGAAAUGCAGCACCAUUGAGAAAGGCAGUGUGGUCUCACUCCAUUAAGUAUGGUGCACAUUCUAUUAAGCUAAAAAGGAAUGAGAAAUGGAAGAUUAGUGCAAGGUGUGAGAAAAACUGUCCAUGGAGAUUGUAUGCUUCCAGGAUGUAUAAUGAAGAUUCAAUGCAAGUAAAAACCUAUGUUGGGAAACAUGAUUGUCUGAGGAUUUGGAGGGAAAAUCCUAACUGCAAAGUGGCAUGGCUUGUGAAGAGGUAUGUGGACAAGUUCAGACUCAACCCAAGCAUGCCCAUUACUACAUUUAUGGAGACAGUGAAAGAGGAAAGAAUUGUUGAGAUCCACCUCAAGACAGCCUACAGAGUGAGAGCACAGUGUUUGAAAAUCCUUGAGGGGAGUAAUGUGAAUCAGUACACAAAGUUGUGGGAAUACUGUGAUGAGCUUAGGAGGACAAACUCGGGUAGCACAUUUCAAAUGAAGGUGCUGCCCUAUGAUGAUGCUCAUGUGAUAUUUCAGAAGAUUUAUAUUUGUUUGGGGGCUUGCAAAAAUGGAUUUAAGAAUGGAUGUAGGCCGUUUGUAGGGUUAGAUGGUUGUCACUUGAAGGGAGUGUUCAAGGGCCAGUUACUAUCUGCAGUGGGAAUGGAUGCAAAUAACCAAACUUGGGUUAUUGCAUAUGACAUAGUAGAGCUCGAGGACAAGGACAUUUAG